GAGCGCUCUGAUUGGUCAACAACCGCACAUCACAGAAACAUGGCGGAACUUCCCGAGUUGGGACAACAGUGCAGCGUGGAUUCUUGUAAACAACUCGAUUUCCUUCCGUUUAAGUGCGAUGCCUGCUCUGGAAUAUUUUGCAAAGAACAUCGGUCCAGGGAUGGUCAUUCAUGUUCAGAGUGUAAUAUACAGCGAGAGAAAGUGGAGGUGACCAGCCCUAAGAGCUACCCCUGUACCUACCUGGACUGUACAAACAGAGAACUCAUGCCGGUUAUAUGUGAACACUGCAAUAAACACCUCUGUCUACAACACAGGCACCAGCAGGACCAUGAGUGUGAGAAGUACGAAGCUCCUCAAGAAAGGAUGACACAAACCAAGGAGCUCAUCCAGAAAAUAGCUGAUUCUAAAAAGGAUGCAGGAGAGAAAAAGAAGAAGAAGAUGGGAGCGAAGUCUGCCCAGAUGGCUGCCAAGGUGGCCCUCAUGAAGAUUAAGAUGAAAGCUGAGGGGGACAAAUCUAUACCACAGGUAUGUUCUGGUAUUUAA